AUGUCUGCCUAUGAUAUGGGAACAGCUGAUUCUCAACAUUCAUACAGCCGCCAGGCCCUUGGUGUUGACCAUACAGUCAGUUAUGAGGAUGAGUCUCCGGAUGCUUAUAACCCCCAAUCUUCGGCAUACAUUGUGCCCAGUACAUCUCAAGGGGUCUUAACAGACUAUUGCGAACUACCAUGGAAUCACAAGGCGUGGAAUCCCAGCCUUAGCGUUAACAGAGACUCCAACGGUGCACUGUUUCCAGCCCAUGACCCCGACAACACCUUGCAUCAGCCAGCUUACUCGUACAUGUUCUCGGGGCAGGGGACCCAGUCAACUGACCCGUCAAUUGGGUCUUCAACGGCCGAAGGACAAGGAACCGACCGCACUCUUCCCAACCCAACCGGCCGGUACCAUGCCCAGAUAGGCCUGACCAGUUUCACGACAUCGCCAGAAGCCACCCUCUCAGCAUUGCCUCUUUCUCAGGAUUAUAGGGUACCCAAUUCAUGGGCCAGCAAAGGUAUUGCUCCGAAUAGUGUUCGCACGUCUAUGCAGCCGACCUCGAAUGGAGCAUUUGGUGCGAGUCCUAUGACACGGUCAAAGCCGUUCCCAACCAGUGCCCAGGACGUUGUCUUUGGGUUCUUACCAAUGAGUUCCACAGUUACAUCAUCCCCGUUGAUGCCUUCCAGUGGAGCAUUUACUACGCUAGAUACUGGAGAGUCAGGGGACGAGUUGCGCGGCAAUGACCCCCGGCUGUCGCGAGGAUUGUCUCGUGAUAGCGGGCGCCUCCUGUCUAGUACAGAGAGUAGCUCCGACAUAUACGGAUAUAGCAGCAGGGCAAAGAGCAAGAAAUGCUCCGAUGCGGGGGACUCCGGCCGGGCGGGUACUUUGGUGAAUGGACUACCCUAUACUCGCCCAAAACAUUCGGACUAUGAAGUCUCAUUGCCAUAUGGUGCGCUUUCAACGGAUGCGUCACCAGAGGUGCACCGUACACCGGUCCCCGCUCUGAGUAACCUAGGUGGUUUUUGA